AUGCGUAAGUGUAAAGUUUUCGUUGGUAAUUCCCAUCCGGAAUUGGGUCAUUUGGUCUGUGAAAGACUAGGUAUUGAAGCAGCUCCAUGUACUUUGAAAAAGUUUGCCAAUGGUGAGACAUCUGUCCAGAUCGGUGUUUCGGUUAGAGAUGAAGACGUUUAUGUGAUUCAAAGUGGGUCCCCAGAGAUUAACGACCAUAUUAUGGAACUAUUGAUCUUGGUCAGUGCUUGUAGAGGUGGUUCUGCUAAGAAGAUCACUGCUGUGAUUCCACAGUUCCCAUACUCUAAGCAAUGUAAGAUGAAGAAGCAUAGAGGUGCCAUUACUGCAAGAAUGUUGGCCAACUUGUUGAUCAUGGCAGGAGCUGAUCACGUCGUUUCGAUGGAUUUGCAUGCAUCUCAAAUGCAAGGGUUCUUCACCAAACCUGUCGAUAACUUAUACGGCGGACCAAGCCUCGGUAAAUGGAUCAGAGAGCAUGUCGAAGACUACAGAGAAGCAGUUGUUGUGUCCAAGAACCCAGGCGGCACCAAGAGAGUCACUGCUUUGGCUGACUCUUUGAAGAUUAACUUCGCUAUGAUCCAUACGGAUCGUCGUCGUUCCAAGGAUCUCUACUCUCAGAACAAGGAUAAGUUGCAAUUGAAGCAAAGGAAACAAUCUAUGUUAAGGAAAAACAAACCAAUCAUCAGACCCGGGGACUUUGAGAAUGAGGAGGAGAAUAUCAUCUUGACGAACGGUAUUCAAACUGCUCGUGUUAUCAAGGGCCACGUCGUUGACGACGAAUACGUUGAUGAUGCUGACGCUAUACAGUCCGAUGGCGAGGGUUCUAUCGGAACCAUUGGUUCCUUUGAUGCUGUUGAUUCGGAAGAUGACGAAGAAGAUGAUGAGCAACCGGAAAAAUUGAUCACUUUGGUUGGUAACGUUCAGGGCCGCACCGCUAUUAUCUUGGAUGAUAUGAUCGAUAGACCAGGUUCCUUCAUCUCUGCUGCUGAACACAUGGUCAAAAAUUGUGGGGCUAAAGAAGUCUACGUUAUCGCUACUCAUGGUAUCUUUACAGGUGACUGUCUAGAACAGCUUGAAAUGUCAGACGAUAUUCAUAAGGUUGUAGUCACAAACACGUAUCCAAUUUCAGAAGAACGAAUCAGAAAAUCAAAGAAGCUUGUCAUAAUUGAUGUCUCUUCGAUAUUCGCUGAAUGUAUUCGCCGUGACCAUUAUGGUGAAAGUAUUUCAGUGUUGUUCGACUCAUUAGCUUCUCUAUAG